GUUGCUAUCGAACUGAAAAUCAGUUUGGAAAGAAGGAAAAUUCAAGAAACAAAGAGAGAGAAAAUAAUGGGGGCAGAAAUCGAAGCUCAGGAAAAUAAGGCCAGCCAGAAUCCCAGGCCUAAUCGCAUUACGGAGGCCCAGUUCCUCUCCUGGAAACGCCAGAAGGAUGCUGAUGCGUUGGCUAAAAGAGAUGAAGCAUCAAGGAAACGUGCGGAGGAUAUAGCUUCUGGAACAGUGCAAAUGAAUGGCCGGGAGCUUUUUAAACAUGAGCCCUGGGUUUUUGAUGACACACGUUAUUGAGGUAUAAAGGAGAGAGCAUGGGAACUAAAUUGAAAACCAAGGAUGAGAAGAAUCCAUUCAACUCAUAUGGCAGGGGCGACCUUUUAGCAGACACAGAUAACAGAUAUAAGUAAUGAUUACAAUUUAAUUCCAUGGAUGAUAGCUUAUGAUAGCUAGUAAUUGGUGGUAUGUUAAAUUUUCUCAACUUUAAAGGCAUAUUGAAUUUGAUUAUCUGGUUGUAAGAUUUUGUUUUAGAUACAAUGGAAACAGGAGAGGUGAUCUUUAUUUUUACCUUCU